ACUCAAAGCCGCGAAAUACACCGACAAACACCUAGACCACACAGUGCACAUACUCGCUUGCGCAUAGGUCUGUUUGACGACAAUCACUUCAUAUUUCAAAGUCUCCUUUUGUAUUUAAAUUUAAUUUUCCAAUCUAAAAGCAGAAGCACAUACUUAGACUUACACGUGUACUCUUGAAGCACAUUCAGAACUCGAAAAGUACCAUGUCUGAUCUGAAAGUUGCGUCCACUAUCGAGUUCUUCUCGAACUCCGGGAAGGAAGCGGAUGCCGCAGGUUUUUUGAAGGUUGCGGAGGAGGUGGUCACCAAAACCGAGCCGGGUACCAAGUUGUGGUGGGGCGUGAAGUACACGCCGAUCGAACAGCUGGGGCAGUCCCCGCAGCCGGAGCGCUUUGGGAUCGUUGACUUCUUCGUGGAUGAUGCCGCUAAGGACGCCCACUUCGCCGGGGAAGUUCCGAAGGCGGUGAUGGCCAACGACCAGACGGAGGCUCCCAUCGUGAAGGGCGGCCUGGACGCGAUCGUGGCCUCCGCAAAGGGGUGGAGCGUGCUGGUGGCCCCGAAGGUCAACGCGGCGGAGCAGAUGAACAACGCCAAGUUUCUCGGGUACCUGCCCCUGAAGGCCGGGCCCGGGCAAGAGGAAAACCUGAAGAACCUGUUGCUCGCGGGGCACCAAUUAGUGACCGAGAAAGAGCCCAAGACCCCGUUCUGGGCUGCGGUGCAGAACCAGAAGGAUCCGACCGAGUUUGCGAUCAUUGACACUUUCGACAGCAUGGAGGGUGUCGCGGAGCACUUCAUGGAUCCAGCUGUGGUUCCGACCGCGGUGCAGGGCGCGCUGAAAGAAAACCCGACUCUGAUCGAAGGCGGUUGGGAAGAAGGCGUCGUUCCGAAUGUGCGUGUCCUGGAGAUCGUUGCGAAGAAGAUCCAGCUGUAAGCGGAGACAACUUCUUCGCACUAAAACUGCUGGCUGCGAGGACGUGUGCUUGUCGUCAAUUGCUUGACCGCAGACUUUUCCUGCUGCCAGGUUUGUCAGCUAUCGGUGUGAUAACAAGGCGCGCUAUCUUCAACACUGUCGCACUUUUACUCUAGAAUCUGAGUACUUAAAUCUAUUACUUACAUACCCCAGGUGCGUUAGGUACUACACUGUAUGAUGAUGUAAGUCUAACAUCUAUAAAGAUGAGCUAAACGAAAAGGGCACCGCCACGAAUUGACAAAGCUAAGUGUAUAAGCCUUCUGUUGAUCUGUUUUUGUAAAAUGACUGACACCGAGAAGUACACGCAUGAGCAUAUUAGCACUGAGAGCAACGGCAAACCUCCGCUGACCCAGCCAAAUAUGCUUGAAAGACCGUUUUUCUCCCCACUACUUAGUUUUGUAGCCGCAUGGAAAAACUAUUGCGAUCUAAUAUGCCAUGUUAGAUCGCUCAUGCAGCGCAAGUUUUGAAAAGACUUUGAAAUGAUGAGAUAAGGCAAUUUUCCGCUUCAAAAAAUUGAAGAU